ACCAGUUCCGCGCUUCCGCUGCUAAUAUUUCGACUGCUAGCUCACGAUGGCAGGAUACGCGUGGAGGUCAACGGCGUCAUGUGUAGUUGCUGCUUUGAAGAAUGAGACUCUACAGUCCAGGAGUUUCAUCCGUGGGAUGAAAACUGUUACUUUAAUCCCCGGCGAUGGUAUCGGUCCAGAGAUCUCCGCUGCUGUCAUGAAGAUAUUUGAAGCAGCUAAAGUCCCCAUUCAGUGGGAAGAAAGAAAUGUUACAGCUAUUCAAGGACCAGGUGGAAAGUGGAUGAUUCCUCCUGGUGCCAAACAAUCAAUGAACAAAACGAAAAUUGGCCUGAAAGGUCCUUUAGAAACACCAAUAGCAGCAGGCCAUCCCUCCAUGAACCUGCUUCUGAGAAAGACGUUUGACCUCUUUGCUAAUGUGCGCCCCUGUGUGUCCAUUGAGGGUUAUGACACGCCAUAUACUGACGUGAACCUGGUUACCAUCAGGGAGAACACUGAGGGAGAGUAUAGCGGGAUUGAACAUAUGAUUGUGGAUGGAGUUGUGCAGAGUAUUAAGCUCAUCACAGAACAAGCCAGCCAGCGCAUUGCAGAGUACACUUUUGAAUAUGCAAAAAACAAUAAGAGGUCCAGUGUCACUGCUGUUCAUAAGGCUAAUAUCAUGCGAAUGUCGGAUGGACUUUUCCUCCGAAAGUGCAGAGAGGCAGCAGAAAAGCACAAAGAUGUCAAAUUCACUGAGAUGUACUUGGAUACUGUGUGUCUUAAUAUGGUACGGGAUCCAACGCAGUUUGAUGUCCUCUUGAUGCCAAAUUUGUACGGAGACAUUUUAAGUGAUCUCUGUGCUGGAUUAAUCGGAGGUUUGGGAGUGACGCCGAGUGGAAACAUUGGUGCGAAUGGUGUGGCCAUAUUUGAGUCGGUUCACGGAACUGCUCCAGAUAUAGCAGGAAAAGACCUGGCAAACCCCACUGCCCUGCUGCUCAGUGCCAUCAUGAUGCUGCGCCACAUGGGCCUGCAUGGCCACGCCCAGAAAAUCCAGACCGCCUGCUUUAACACCAUUCAGGACAAAAAGGUUCUGACCAAAGACCUGGGAGGAAGCUCAAAGUGCUCAGAGUUCACAGAAGCAAUAUGUCAAAGAGUCCAGGACAUGGACUAAAGGCUUGUGAGGCUGGGAGUUACUUUUUAUAGUCUGUGUCCCAUCACUUAGAAUCAUGCUCUGCUCUCUAUCUUAAAACUUUUACCCAGAAAAUGCGUUUAAGAUUCUGAAGCUUAAGAUCUUAAAUGUUUAGAUUUCAGCACAAAGAAUUGUCUUAAACACAUGACCAACAGCAUCUGUAGACAUGACACGCAUAGAGCUACAUUAUAUUUACUUGCAUGAUGGAUAUUGUAUAUUUAUCAGGUGACUUUAAUUUAAAGUAAGAUAAGACGUACAGUCAUCAUUGUGAACAUGUCACAAGUCUUUCAUUAUGCCUCCCUGAUAAGCUUGAGAUUAUGCACUUGAUAAUAGUGAGAGAAAACAUGCUUCUAUAAGCACAAAAACUCAUUAUUUUGCUCUUGGUGUGUCUUUAAACCACAAGUGUUGUUCUUCCAAAUAUCAUGAAUGUAUAAAGCACAAUGCUAGCAGAAAUGCUAGACUUUGACCUUUACUUCCUGUUGUGAACAGGUCUGAUCUGAACCUGACAAGAUUAAAAAAUAUAUCCUUUCCUAGCUUGAGAUAAAUUUAUUAAGACAGUUUACAGUGUUUAGAAGUAUGCAUUGCAACAGCUUCACUUUUCUUAAACUUAAAGACAUUAUAAAGUAUGUAUUUAUAAAAAAACAAAUGGACAAAAUAUGAAAAAAAAACUGUUAAUUUCAUGGUUACAUUCUUUAAAGGAGAUGUGAGUUUGAUUAGAUUCAGAAUAAGCACUGAGAACAAAAUGAUGCCACAAAAUACAUUUUUUACCUCUUUAGAAACAUGACACUACGGACGUACAUGUUGUGUAAUAGCUUGCCAUCUCAAAAUUUCAUUACAAAUAUCAAUAGAUUACACGUUGUAGUGUUACACACUAGUUAUAUUUGAUCUAAAUACAUAUGUCUUAUUGUAAAUGUUUAUGUGAUCUUUGUGUCCCUCACUUUGUUAAGCUAUUUGGGUUACUUUCAUGUUUGUAAAAUGCCAUGUAAAUAAAGUUGAACUGAUAACAUA